AUGACUGUCUCUGGAAUUAUGAAGCAAUUUCAGGUUGUGGGCCGCAAGGCCCCAACCGAUGCCGUCCCUAACCCUGAGGCAUACCGCAUGAUCAUCUUUGCACCAAACGCUGUUAUUGCCAAAUCGAAGUUCUGGUAUUACAUGCAUCAAUUCCGAAAGAUGAAGAAGACCACUGGUGAAAUCUUGGAUGUUGUAGAGAUCGUCGAAAAGAAUAACAGAAUCGUCAAGAACUACGGCAUCUGGUUGCGCUAUUCUUCCCGAUCCGGAACACACAAUAUGUACCGUGAAUUCAGAGACGUUUCCUUGACUGGAGCCGUCUCCCAACUUUUCGAUGAAAUGGCCGGUCGUCACCGCACUCGUCCACGAUCCAUCCAAAUUAUCCGCACAGCCACUGUUGCUACAAAGGACUUGAAGCGUGUGAAUGGUAUGCAAUUCGCUAAGGCAAACGUCAAGUUCCCCCUUCCCCACCGUGUUGCAAGUGCAAAGAGAGGACAAAAAGCUUUGUCCAGCCGUACAUUCACAACUGUUCGCCCUACCACUUUCUUCGGAUAA